CAAAAAACAACAACACCAACCUUGUAACCAAGUCACCAUGACGCUGUUUUACAGUCUUGCUUUCCCUAAAAUCUUGUUUUCUUGAAAUACAUUUCAUUAAUAAACAGAUAAUUAUGAUGAGAAAAUAUGAGAGAAACUAAAUAAAUGUACUAUAAUUUUAAAAUAAAUACCUUUUUGAUUCCAUUCGGUCAAGUCUAGUCUAUACUAUCAGUCACUAUCAGUUCAGUAUCACUACUUAGACUACAGUUACAGACUACAGUGUUUCACUCAGCAGAGUCAGACUCAGAGUAUCAGUCUAUCUGCGUUUAUUCUUUUAAUCUUUACUUUGUCUUUACUUUGACUUUGUUGUUUUUUCGACCUGGAUACAAAAUGAAAUUGUAGUGAAAGUUUUAAAAAAAAAAUUAUCAAAGUUCAAAGACAAAAGAAACUAGACCACUCAUUUACUCAUUUCUAAUAUUAAUAUGUUCAUUAUUUAAGUUUUUAUUUUUUUGCUUAUUCACAUUAUUGUCCCAGUAUUUUGAGUUUGUACUUUGAAAAUUUCUGGGUCUUACCGCAUCCCUGGUUAAAAAUCCUUAUAAUUGGCCAGUAAAAAACCACCAGUUCUAGUACCCCAUCCCCUUCCUUUUAAACCUUAAAAAAUUUAAGCUUAGGACACUUAGGAAAUUAGAUUUUAAGUUUUUGGCCUGCAGUUUCUAAAAUAUUUAGUCUACUCUACUUUUUGUCUGUUCUUAACAAAUGUAUGCUUACUCCUGUUUUAUUUUUAUUUAUUUUUAUACUUAACCAGCGGUAGGCAAUCUUUCUUGUGAAGAGAUCCAGUAUUAUAAAUUAUAGUACGAACAAUAUCUGAUACAAAUAUAUUUUUGGAGCUGCAUAUCAUUAAAAAAAAAAAAAAGAGGAUACAAAAAAUGCUGCAUCUAUCUAUCAGUUUAAUAUUUAAAGAUCUGUGAGUUGUAGACCAUUGUACUAUUGAAUCUGUAGUAUUCCCACAGGCUAGGAGUAUUAAUGUAGAGUUUUUAUUAGAACCUAUGAGCUAGCAGCAAGCCUAGCAUUUUUAUUAAAACAAAUUUUUAUUUUAAAAUUAUAAUUUACAAAAAAAGUUUUGCUGUUUGAAUUUGUUUUCAUUUUAAAGAAAUCUUUGAAGUCUAUGAAUGGGUACUGGCUCAUCCACUGCACAACAAAAAACAAGUGAGGUCUGUCAUGGUGGUGACCAUAUUCAAGUCAUGGAGGACACUAGUGCAGAGAGAUUGGUCCCUGUUAAUAACACUGUUAAACAAAAUGGAGACAUAACUUUAGAACUAAAUAAUAAAAGUUUUCACCACUCAGAAAUUCCUGAACAUGAACGGAAAACUUUUGGCAAGGAUGGACUUGAAGCAUCUCCAGAAGAGCAGAUGUCGCAAGGUGACCGAAAAAACAUGAAAGCAGUAAACGCUAAUCCAGGUAUGAGUACGUCAACUAAAAGUGUUUCUGUAAAAUAGAAAGACAUAUCUGCAUUGUAGAUUUGGUUGAAAAAAAAAAUUUAGUAGUUUUCUUUUAUUUUACCCUGCCAAUGAGUCCUGUUAAUCAUCAAAGUAUUAUUAGUGGUCCUCAAAAUAUUCAGUUUUUAAAAUAAAAAAGACAAAUUUCAGAAUUUUUAAUUUCUCAAAUAAAAUAUUUUAGGAAGAUAGGCAAUGAAGUCCAUGUGGCUGCUGAUUACCAUUUUGUAAAGAACACUGAUGUUACAACAUUAUGUAAAUUAUCAUAAUUGUCUCCAUCUUCAGGUGAAAAAAUCUCCGAAGUGAAUGCCUUCAAUAAAAAUGAAGACCAAACCAAGACAGACAAACUUUCAGAUGAAGAAAUUCAAAUCAAGCGCCAUUCAUUCUUAGAUAAAAUUGAAGAGAAAUUACUAGCACUUCAAAACAUUUCACCCAGGAACCUAUCUGAAGAAGGUGCACCAUUCUCACACAGCUUUCGACAAUGCAUUCUUAUUUUGGCUAAAUCAUAUUUUAAUUUUAAACUAGGAGAAGUGCCUUACAAUGUGAUUUAUGAACACCGUGACCAAGUUGGUAAGGCUUUGAUUAAACAUGGAGCAGUCAAAACUAUAUGUGAUGUGUUGUCUGAUGCACUGAAACGCAGUGACUUUGUCAACAAAGAUGGGAAACCCCUCAAUGACUUGUGGUUGCCAAUAAAGAACAUGGCCUUAAUUUUAUUAAAUUACAGUGACAAUCAGAAUGACAUUAAGAUGGCCAUAACUGACCACAGUGAACUGUUACCAUUGAUGUUAAAUUUUCUUACAGAAAAUCACCUAGGUCACUUUGAAAAUUCUUUGUCUGUAAGUAUUCUUUUCUUGAGAUUUGGAAAUAUCUCUGUUUAACCUAUACAUUUUUUCUUUUAUAAUUCAAAAGUAUGUUCCGGUAAAAAUGUACAAAGAUAAUUCCUUAUAUUUCACUGAUUUAUUUCAGAACAUAAAUUAAAUUUUAUUCAUAAAUUAGAUAAACAUGUGCAUUAUAAGUCAAUAAAAAAACAUCUUUGAAAAUAAAUACAUUUUUAUUUCAUUACUAUGGGGAUGGAGAUUUUGAAUAUUUAUCAUUCUUUCAUAUCAUAAAUUAGAUGCUAUUAUUCUUUAAAAUAAACAAUUAGAUAUUUAUGAUUCUUUCAGAUCAUAGAUUAUAUAUUUUUAUAAUUCUUUCAGAACAUAAAAAAAAUAUCUAAUCUAUGAUCUGAAAGAAUGAUAAAUAUCAAUUUUUUUAUCGGAUCAAAUGAUAAAAAAUGAUUUAUGUAUAUAAUUUUUAAAAAAGUAUUGAUAUAUAUAUAUGUAUAUUAUAUAUAUAUAUACAUAAAUUGCUAUCCUAUUUCUAUAUAUCUUUGAGCACUUGACACACUGUUUAAUCUCUAGGAUGAACUUGGCAAGAUGUGCAGAUUUUUCCUUUCCAUUAUUCAUAACUGUGCAGCUUUGGAAGAAAAUGUGCCGAAACUUAGGGAAUUGAAUGUUAUACCAGUGAGGCUCAUUUUUUUAAAUCUUCCGCUGACUUGAAUCUCUGAAGCAAUAUUGCUUACAGUGUUGUCAUGUCAAAUAAUAUGCAGUAACUAUGGCAAGAAUUUCUUAGAUGAAGAAGUGCAUGAGACAAUUAAAUGAAAUUGAAUGUAUUUUAAGAUAUUUUAUAAUCAUAUGACUUCUAGGGAGUAAAGAAAUUACAAAUUUUUAGGUAAGACAUUUAAGACAGUCUCCUCUAAAAAUUAUGAAAUUUUCUGCCCAUUAGGUCACCCUGAAAUUUUUAGAUUCCCAUGCUGAAAAUAUUCGCCUGAUCACCAUAUCAAUAUUGGCCGACCUGGUCAAUGAAGAAGAAGCUGAACUUCUCAGAGCCAAUGUGUCAAUAUUCAAGCUUCUUCUGAAAAAACUGGAAAAUGCCCUUAAGGAGGAGAGCCACAAGGAUGCCGGUUGGUCAGCGCAUGAACUGACCAGAGGUGAUUUUUGAUUCAUGUUUUAUGUUAUUAUGAAUGGAUUUUUAUUUUCAUUCCUUGGAUUUUUGUCCAGAUGGAAACACUUUUAGCAUACGGUUUUUAGUUUGUAGUUGUUCUAUUGCAGUUCUAAAAUAAGGUUAUUAAGUAAUAGUAAUUCUAUUUCAGUUAUAAAAUAAGGUUAUUAGUUUGUAGUAAUUCUAUUGCAGUUAUAAAAAAAAAUUUACAACUGCUUAAGAUUGUAGAGCAGUGCAAGAGAGUUUCAACAUUCUGUCAAGUCAUACUGAGCAAAUUGUUCCUUUCAGUCCUAUUAAAUCCAUAUUUUUAUAUCCCAUAUAGCCGUGCGGCAGCUGGCAAGAAAUGAUGCCAACAAAGAAAUUCUUGUCAAUGAAGGUUGUCUGCCAUCACUUGUGAAGCUCCUAGAUGAUGGAAAUGAUUCUGAGGUCAAAGGUGAGCAUCUCUUCAUCCAUGUGGAACAAGUUCACUGCUUUAAUUUUAAAUCAUAUCAUUCCCAUCAGACAAGACAAGAUAUUGCCAAUUCAUUUAAUGGACAUUAAUUAUUUGAAUAGAAGUUUUGCCUGCGCAAAGCCAUGCCAAUGAAAACGUUACAUAAAUCAGAACUAAUAUUAUGAAAAUCAAAGGAGUUCGUAUGUUGAUUUUUCCAUUGACGUCACUACCCAAAACCUAUUUGGUUGGAAUCUCAAUAAAUUCCCAUAUAAUGGUUUAAAACAAAAUAAAUUUAUUCACCUUUUUUUUUAUGUUGAAUGGAAUGGUGAAUGUGCAAACUAACUCAUUUAUAUACAGAUGUUUUCACAAAUUUCAACUCGGCACUUGAGACACAACAUAGUGUUUUAUUGUCCAUUCUGUGUAUUCAUGUACGAUGAAGGAAUGGGGCCAGACAUCCGCCCUUCAAGCACUGUUUCAACAUUUAAUUUAUUGACAUUUUAAUAACCCAAACAUCAGUUUUUACAUUAAAUAUUUUGUUGACACAGAUUGGAAUAAAAAUGGUCAUUUGAGUCAUAAAUCUUGUUCAUGUCAUUUACUAGGACUAUACAAUCCAAACUGCUCUAUUGACUAUAUAAUCCAAACUGCUCUAUUGACUAUAUAAUCCAAACUGCUCUAUUGACUAUAUAAUCCAAACUGCUCUAUUGACUAUUCAAUCCAAACUGCUCUGUGACUAUACAAUCCAAACUGCUCUAUUGACUAUAUAAUCCAAACUGCUCUGUGACUAUACAAUCCAAACUGCUCUAUUGACUAUACAAUCCAAACUGCUUUGUGACUAUACAAUCCAAACUGCUCUGGUGACCAUACAAUCCAAACUGCUCUGGUGACCAUACAAUCCAAACUGCUCUAUUGACAAUACAAUCCAAGCUGUUCUUCUGCAUAUACACAUUUGCAUUGCAUGACUUCUCCAUUCUAGUUCUUGUUUUACUACACAACUGUAUAAUCCAUGACAAAAAAAAAACUAUUUAUCCUAAUACUAAUACAUCUUUCACUCCGUCCACACAUUUUCCUCUUUGGAAACACUGUUAAAUGAAAAAAUCUAAAAAAUCUGAACAUUUGCGCUUUUGUUCUUCAUCCUUCCACCAAAGAACUGAUGGUAACUUUGAUCUGUUGAUCAGUUUGAUUCUAAUGCUGUCUCUUAAAAAUUCUUCCAGAGGCCAUUAACUGCAUCUGGACCUUGUCUUUCAAUGAUGAAAAUAAGAAGAAAAUGGUACAAGUAUCUCAUCUUGUGGAGAAGGUCUACAACUCAUAUAGGAACUCAACAGAUGCCAGCAAGCAGGCCUUUCAGGGUGUACUUUGGUCUCUAAGAGAUGAACUUUUAAAAUCUGAACAUUUCAAGAGUAUAGGUGAGUUAUGAAAUGUUUUGAUGUAAGGAAAAAAGAAAUCAACUUGCUCUUCAAGUCUUAUGUUUUGAUCCUUUUUGUCUUUUAGUGGGGAGUGCUGAUGUGUGGUUUUGGGAUGGUGUGUGUUCAUUAUAUGGUGUGUGGUCAUGUGAUGGUGUGUGGUCAUGUGACACUUGUUGCCUGGACAGGACUCCAUAAAUAAUAAGAACUUACCUAUUUGAUGCCUCCAAUCAGCCAAACUGUGUAUUGAAACUUUAGUUCUGAUGGCUGUCCGGUAUUUAAAAAAAAAAAAAAUUGUAUAUUAUUUUGGGUGAUAAUUCUGAUGGCUGCCUGGUAUUUUAAAAUCAUUUUGUAUAUUAUUUUGGGUGAUAAGUCUGAUGGCUUCCUGGUCUUAUUCUUUAGUUCUGAUGACUGUCCGGUAUUUAAAAAAAAAAAAAAUUGUAUAUUAUUUUGGGUGAUAAUUCUGAUGGCUGCCUGGUAUUUUAAAAUCAUUUUGUAUAUUAUUUUGGGUGAUAAGUCUGAUGGCUGCCUGGUCUUAUUAUAAACCUUUCAUCUACUAAUCAGGAGAAGAAAUCACCAAUGUCAAGAGUGAUGCAAAACCCAAGCC